AUGCAAAAUAAAGGAUUACAUUUAUUUUCAUACAACAUAUCUAUUCGAAUGAUUCGAAUCAUCAUUCUUUUUUAUACAAUUCUAAGUUAUAUUAAUGGUAGAAUUGUUCAAUUUCAAAUACAACAAUUACCAAGAUUCUUUACACCAUUAAAUGAUAAAAUAUAUUUAGCAAGUUCAUAUAAUCAAUGGAAGCCUAAUGAUAAACAAUUUGAAUUUGACAGUAUGACAAAGACAUUAAUUAUUGAUUUUCAGAAUAUUACAAAUGUUGAAUUUAAAAUAACACGAGGAAGUUGGUCAACAACAGAAACUUGGCUUGAUGGAACAGCGAGAGCAAAUAGAAGAUUAACAUUGUCGAAUAAUCCUCAAUCCGUUGAUAUAUCAGUUGAACAAUGGUCUGAUACAUCCGGUCGUGUUCAUACAGCUUCAAAUCAAGUUUAUAUCUUAGAUACAAAUUUUUCAAUGUGGAAUUAUCUUCCUCGUACACGUCGUAUUUGGAUUUAUCUUCCUCGUAGUUAUUCAACUAAUUUAAAUCGACAUUAUCCAGUUGUUUAUGCUCAUGAUGGUCAAAAUUUAUUCGAUAGUAGUACAUCAUAUUCAGGUGAAUGGAGUAUUGAUGAAAGUCUUGAUAUAUUAUCUCAAGAAUUAAUUGUUGUUGGUAUUGAUAAUGGUGGUUCAGAACGUCUUAAUGAAUUAACACCUUUUCCAAAUACAAAUUAUGGUGGUGGUCAAGCUAAUAAUUAUUUAAAUUUUAUUGUAGAAAAACUUCGUCCAUAUAUAAAUAGUCAUUUUCGUACAAAGCCUGAACGUGAAAAUACUGCAAUAUUAGGUAGUUCACUUGGUGGUCUUUGUAGUUUUUAUGCUGCUAUUCGACAUGAAGAUGUAUUUGGUUUAAUUGGAAUUUUUAGUCCAUCAUUUUGGUUUACAAAUGAUAUUUAUACAUAUGUUGAAAAUUAUCAUUUUAAAAAUUCACCACCAAAACUUUAUUUUGUUGGAGGUCAAUUAGAAAGUUCAACAAUGAUUAGUGAUAUACAACGUAUGAUUAAUUUAUUAAAAAAUACAACAAAGGAAUAUAGAGAUGAUAAGAAUUAUUUGAAAAUGAUUAUUGCUUCUGAUGGACAACAUCAAGAAUGGUUUUGGAAACGAGAAUUUCCAAAUUCAAUUAAAUGGUUAUUUCCAUUAUCAUAA